AUGUGUGGGCUUCACAACCAUGAGUUAGUGAAUACUUUUGAGAAUAAUUCAUUUGUGGGACGCAUAAAAGAAGAAGAUAAGAAACAUGUUGACGAGCUGACAAAGUAUCACGUUGCACCGAGUCACAUCUUAUCAUCUUUUAGAGAUCGAGAUAAGGAGAAUAUGACUAAUAUCUCUCAAAUUUAUAAGCAACAAAGCACAUAUAUAAAUAAUUUGAAAGGACCUAAAACUGAUAUGCAACAUCUGUUGAAGUUACUUGAAGAUAAGAAGUAUGCUUGGAGUAUGACUCAUGAAGACUCCAACGUUGUGAGGGACAUGUUUUGA